UGGCAAUACUUUCGACAUUCUGCUACUAAAAAAAAAAAAAUGGAUAGUCUGUAAAUAUUGAACAGUAAUCUUUUUUAGACUAACCUUUGUGUUUUACAAUUGUUAGUCAAAAAUGUCAGCUGUUAUUUUAAAGAAUUACUUUCAGACGUCAAGAUUGCAAACAAUACAUUUUGCUAGUGUCGUUGUACAAGGGAAUAAUUAUUCUAAUCAGCCACGUAUUAUUAAAAAUCCGACUACAGCUUCUUUAAAAAGAGGUACCGGAGGACGUUCCUCCUUCAAUGGAAUAGUAUGCACAGUUUUUGGUAAUAACGGUUUCAUUGGACGUUAUUUGUGCAAUCGCCUUGGAAAGAUUGGAACACAGUUGAUUCUUCCACAUCGCUCAGAUUAUUAUUUCACUCGGCAUCUUAAACUUUGCGGUGAUCUUGGACAAGUACUUUUCCACGAAUUCAAUCUACGUGAUGAAGAGGCCAUUCGCAAAUGCGUGAAAUAUUCUAACGUAGUCAUUAAUUUAAUAGGUAAAGAUUGGGAAACUAAUAAUUAUUUUUAUGAGGAUGUACACGUUGAAGGAGCCAGACGACUUGCUAGGAUUUCCAAAGAAGCCGGUGUGGAACGUUUCAUUCAUGUUUCUUCAUUAAAUGUAUCACCUAACCCUAAGCCGUUGAUAUUGAAAGAGGGUUCGCAAUUUUUAAAAACAAAAUGGGAAGGUGAAUGCGCUGUUAAAGAAGAAUUUCCUGAAGCAACGAUAAUUCGUCCAGCGACUGUAUAUGGAAUGGGAGACAGAUUUUUAACCUUUUACAGUGAACCAUGGAAUCAACAAUUUUCAUUACCAGUACUUUGGAAAAAGGGUGAACAAACGGAGAAACAACCAGUUCAUGUAGCCGAUGUAGCUGCUGGUAUAGUUGCUAUCGUAUUAGAUCCUAAUACUGCUGGAAAAACUUAUCAAUUUGUUGGACCAAGAAGAUACAAAUUGAAAAGUUUAGUUGAAUGGAUUCAAAGAUCUAUAUUGGAUGAUUGGGAUAAAAAUUAUGGUCAAAUAUUAGAUCUAAAUCUAGCUAUACCUUUUAAAGUGAAAGUAUCUUUAUGCGAUGCUUUUGGAUUUAAAAAUCGUUAUAACAAUUUACAUUGGGAAGCUAUAGAAAAAGAUAGCACAACUGAUAUUGUUUCGAAAGAUUUACCUACGUUAGAGGACCUUGGUAUUAAACUUUCUCUCAUUGAAGAACAAGGUGCAUGGGAAAUAAAAUUAUAUCAUAGAUACAGUUAUUAUUAUAAAACUCUUGAUGAAUGUAAAGCAAUACCACCGCCAGAAACUGUACCGAUUUAAAUUGACAUCAAUAUUUGAAAUAAUAAUAUCAUAGUCGUGAUAUAAAAUAUGAAAAUGUGAUGAACACAUUGUAAAUUCGUUAUUAUCUAAAUAAAUUUCUAAACUUCCCAUUCCAAUAAA